AUGUCCUCACAAAUAGAAACCAUCUCUGCCUUUGUGGAAGGAGCUCCACCAGGAGAGCUCGCAGAUGUCAUAGCUGAUAUCAAGGCUUUGACCAUCGACACACCGAAUCUUGUCUCGGAACUCGGUCCUGCAUUCGAGAGAUAUAACGAGGAACAAUUUGCUACAGUCAAACUUCCCGGAAGCAGUCAAAAUGUUAUAAUCAGUUCCUAUAAUUCUCUGGGGGAUGGAAGAUACUACGAUGUCGAGAGUUCAUCUAGUUUUGUUUUCGAUCACACUACGCAGAAAGCGAGUGCGGUGCAAAGUUAUGUCCUAGAGGGCAGUCAAGCAGAUCUUGUUAAGUCGAUCCUCAAGAGCUUGGGUCCGCAUGUAGCAGAGCAUUUUCCAAAUGCAUCAUACGGCGCUUUUCCCAUUGAAAACGAUUCGAAGAUCGCAAUACUUGUUGUUGCUAAUAAAUACAGCCCAAACAACUUCUGGAACGGUCGCUGGCGCUCGUUGUAUAUAUAUGAAACCUUAAACUCCUCUCUCACUGGCAGCAUCAAGGUCGAUGUUCACUACUACGAAGAUGGAAAUGUUCGACUUCUUACUACCAAGCCUAUCUCAGCAACAGCAUUAUCGUCGGCUAGCAGCAUUGUACGAGAAAUUGCCGGCGCUGAAAAGAAAUAUCAGGAAGAGAUCAACAAAGGAUUCAAUAAUUUGAGCGAAGGAGCAUUCAAAGGAUUAAGAAGACAAUUGCCCAUUACCAGACAAAAGAUUGAAUGGGAUAAGAUUGCAGGUUAUAGAUUAGGACAGGAUAUUGGGGGUGGAAGUUCUAGAAGAUAGAUGUGAGAUAUGAGUUGGGAGGAGAUAAUAAGGCAGGCGAGGUGGAGAUUGAUAUGAUCUGAUUGUUAGCAAAGGAGAAUGCGAUGACAAGUUGAAUGGAAAGUUUUCUGAAUUGGGAUAUGAAAUUGUAGAGUGGAUUACGGUCAUGUGGAGUGGAAUUUGGGACCAUGGUCUCUCGAGGUCUUUUCGAUACUUUACGUGUUCAUCGCCCACUCUUCUCUUCUCCUCUCUUCUCUUCUCUUCUUUUCACAAACCUUCAACAUGAGGAUUCGCGGAUCGGAUAUCAAGAAAACCGUCCAUAGAUGUUACUCGGGCGACAAGGGAAAGAAUUAAAUAUCAAGUUUACACUCAUCCACUCUGUGCCCAAGGAUCUCCACGGAAACUCGGGAGUUGUCCUCUUCCUUUCCAAAUAUACUUUCCAGAAUAAUCCACUG